GUUCAAAAUGUUUGCAUCCAGUCCGUUUCUACACUCCUCCCAUCCUUGUUUUCCUUCCAGCCUUGUCACUUUUCUUUUCGUAUAGUCUAUCCUUUUGCAUUUGGUUCAAAUCGAGGGCAGGCCCUUCAUUGUAUUCUUUCCUCCAACUGCCCUCAGAGUUCAACUUGACAGGCCUGUGCCCUUGGGCCUGAUCUACACUCAUCCCUUUCACUUCGUCAUUAGCAUUGUUUUGAGUCGCCGGUCAACAUCUGCAAUCAAUAUGCUUCAAGCCCACCACUUUCUCUUCGUCGUUCUUUUCUUGACAACUGCCUUUGCGACUCCCAUUCAAAUAAAACAGAAACGCUCCUUCAAAGUCCCUCGGAUACAACAACAUAACUACAGACCAAAUGGCAGAGCUGCAUACCGAAGGGCAUUAUUCAAAUUUGGAUUUGGCGAUAUCGAGUUCUUACCUGGUGGAGAGGUGGCCACGAGAAUCAAGGCAGCAACUGAGGCUCAGCUUGAUAGCACGGCAAGUGAGGACGGCGAGACAAGCGCCUCGCCCACGCAGAAUGACGCUCAAUUCCUGUCUCCGGUGAAUGUUGGGGGACAGACUCUGGUCAUGAACUUUGACAGCGGCUCGUCAGACACAUGGGUCUUCAACACCAAUCUCCCUGCCAGUGCUCAACAAGGCCACACGAUCUACGAUCCCAACCAAUCGCCCACUUUCCAAAACACGCUGCAGGGUAGUACCUUCAACGUCUCCUAUGGCGAUGGUUCCUCUGCCUCCGGCCCCGUGGGUGUUGAUGAAGUCGACAUUGGCGGCGCCACCGUAUCUGCUCAAGCAAUCGGCCUUCCGGACAACGUAGCCGACAGUUUCGUGACAGACUCUGCGUCAAACGGCCUUGUCGGUCUUGCCUUUUCCCAACUCAACACCAUUCAACCCACUCAGCAAAAGACAUUCUUCGACAAUGUCCUCCCAGACCUGACGCUCCCCGUAUUUACUGCGCAACUGAAAUCUGGCGCCGUAGGUGCCUACGAGUUUGGCAACAUCGACACAUCAGCGUUCAGCGGCCAGUUGGCCACCGCGCCCGUCGACUCGUCGCGUGGGUUUUGGGAAGUCGACUCCACGAGCGCCGCCGUGCAAGGUCAGACCGUGGACAUUUCCGGCGGCACGGCGAUUCUCGACACGGGCACCUCGCUGAUGCUCGUGCCUGAUGAAAUGCUCACCGCAUACUGGGGCACCGUGGACGGGGCGCAGGUCUCGCAGGACGCGGGCGGCAUCAUCUUUCCAUGCAACACAUCCUUGCCGGAUCUGCAGGUGGCCAUCGGAAACCACAUGGCCACGGUCCAGGGGGACGGGAUGAACUUUGCGAACGUGGGCGCGGACACGGAGACGGGGGAGCAGUUCUGCUUCGGCGGUCUUCAGUCCAACCAGGGCCUCCCCUUCGCCAUCUACGGCGACGUCUUCUUCAAGUCCCAGUUCGUCGUCUUCGACGGCUCGACGCCUUCCAUCAGCGUCGCCCCGCACUCUUAGCGGCAAACCGAGCCGGACAGAGACGGUCGUUGCAUGUAGCGUUGCCGGUUUUUAAAAAGUGCGAGUGGGUGGUGCAUGGGGUACUCAGGGCGGGAUUUGUGGACGAGGGCAAACCUUUCACGCCGGGCAAUCUCUCGCUUCGUAUUCCCUGCACUGUGUUGGCAUUGCAUUACGGGACAAAAGGCAUGGGUAUAUGUGGGCGUAACACAAACGAUAGCAUAGCGAUAUCCGUCGAAAAGGGGGGAACAUAUGCGUAUGACCGGAAAUGGGAUUGACCAACAAAUGAAGACACAUAGAUCGAUGAUACCCCCUUCAGAAUUCAUUCUGUUGCGUUCUUCUCCAACGAAGACGAAGAAAAGCACCAUUUUGGUCGAGUGGCUUUCCAUGUUGUUCUGUUUUGAGUGACACAUCAAUACAUGUAUGAACAAGGAAGAUCUUUCGC